AUGCCGAGAAGGGGAGGAGAGGGGGAGAUCUGCCAGCUGUGGAGCUUGAUGGGGAGGCGCCUCCGCCUCACUCGUCCUCACUCAUCUCUUUCGUUCCUUUCCCUCUCACUCGUCUUUUCUUUUCCAGCGGCCGCCGCCGCCACCCGGCUCGUCCGCGACCUCCACCUCGCCGCCGCCCAGAUCCAACUCGCCGACGAGCCCAACUGCCUCCGCCGUCCCCAUACGCGCCGUCGUCGCGCAGUAGGUCUCACCGACGACCUCGUCGUCCUCCGCCUCCAGCGCGUCCCGCCACACCUGCUCCGUCCGUCCCCAGGCCACCUCGCCCGGCACCACCUACCACCGGAGUCGCCCCUCCAGUGUUUUUUGCUGUUUGCUAAAGAAUUCAAUGUAUACGACCAUUUGUUCAGGAAACUGCUAGCUUGUGUGAUGCUGCCAUAUCUUGAGGCAUGUGUGUGGCUGGAAGAAACACUCAAGAAACUGGACUUCAUGAAUGGAGUCGGGUUACCCAAUGUUGGCAAAUCAACUUUCUUUAACAUAGUAACAAAGGUGGGCUCCCGCGCCGGCGACUCCAGGCUCACAGUGAAGAAGAGCAAGGCCGAGAAGGACCCCAACAAGCCCAAGCUCCCCCGAGUGCCUUCUUCAUCUUCAUGUGAGUCCCAGUCUUGGUUCCUAGUUCUAUUCAUGUUCCUUCUGUGGAAUAACUUCAGGAAGGAGUACAAGGAGAAGCACCCUGACGUCAAGCAGGUCUCCGUGGUAAGCGCCUUGGUCUCUUUCCGCCACCCGUCCGCCUCUCUGGAGAACGAAAAGCAUGCAGGUGCUCUGCUCUUGCACACGUCAGGCACCGUCUCCGGCGCAGUGGUGCUUUUUGAGGCGACCGGCGUGAUGGCGGCUGUGUACGGCGGCGACCACAAGCUUUCCGAUAAUAGUAUUUGGCUUCUUUGUGAUGGUCUAGGACUAUUUUACGGUGAUGUGGAUAUACUUUCUGAUUUAAAGUUACUUAUAUAUGGUCUGGUGUCAUAUUAUGGUCUAAUAUUUUUUGUUUUGACUCUUUUUCUGGUGCGAGGAAAGCUGUGAGUAGACGUCAACGAUGCCUACUUGCUUGGCUGCUACAGUGAUGCAUGCGCCGGUCAAGCAAGGACACAUGCAAAUACGUACAUGUUAGGAUAGUAGAAGA